AUGCCUUCGGCGGUAUCGAACCAGAACAAUUAUUAUGCCGCACAUCAUCGACGACAAUCCUCACAAUCGCAAACCAACCUCCCCGACCAGAUCAGAGAUUCCCCGGUGCAGAUUCAGUCCCCGAAUCGGUCGCUAGUUUUUCUGCCUUCUACGGCAUAUUUACAAGCGCAGCCCACGACCGGUCAGACGUCCUCGACGCCCUCCCGUUCAAGGCCUGACCUCAGUCUGGAUACUGCACAGAGUGUCGAGGUCCCCAACGACCCACAUGACUUCUACAGACAAUACCAGGAUCCUUUCUCAAAAUCAUCCCCUCUAGGCCUUCACCAGGCAGCGAUCCGCACGACCACGUCCAACCACGACGACAGGGGCCGAGCAGGAACAAGGAAGUCUAGCUUCGCAUCAAUACAGUCGACGGAAGAGAAAGGUACAAGGUCAGAGAGGAAUUCAAUUGGUUCACGAAAAUCAUUGGGCAGUCUGAACACAUCCCAUGGCGCAUGGGACAGUAACCCUACAAAGUCUUCCACUGUUCCCAAUGGUCUGAGAUCUCGAAAGGCCUCAUUCAAAGAUCUUGUCGCCCGCUUCGAUGCCUCCCCGGAAGAGGUGCCGCCAUUGCCAAUUCAAUUCAUCUCCCGACCUGCCUCAAGGACUGCGAGCCCUAUGCCUUACGCUUCGGUGGAAGUGACAAACUCCUAUGCAAGUGGUCUGCCCGCGACAAACAGACCAGAUACCAAGGUGUCCGAUUCCUCAAGGAGGACAGCAGGUGCACCAGCGCUUGCAUUGACAAGCAGUCCUCUACCUGCUAGUCGCAAUCGAGUGGCCUAUCCAAUGGAAAUGGCGGGUUGGUCAGUGAAUAAGACCACAAAGACAGAAGCUGAGCGGAAACUGUUGUUCGGCGAAGUACUUCCCACGAGCUCUAGUUCUCAGACGGUCGGAUAUGGCAUACAACACGCUCGCCAAAGACGUGGUUCGGAAGGAUCGCCAAUGCACAGCCCGAAUGCGAUGUUUUCGACGAAGCCAGCCACUGCCAGAAAUGGAGCGAACCCAUCGUCCGCUGCGCAGUAUUCAUUUCAAACAUAUGUUGAUCAGCCAACUGUGCAUGCAGACGGUCUACAUCGUCGCGCGAACAGCGAUCUAACAAACCCGGCAUUGCGCGUGAUUUCUGGAAGGCGGCCUUCUUCAAGUAUUGGAAGUGCUCAAGGGGGCCUCCAGUCCCGCAUUCCUGUCAGUAAGAGGCAUCAACGCAUGGUCUCGGAACCUACCGAUACAUCACCGACGACUCAAUCAAGCCUUGCCCGCCAAUUACCUUUGAGAAUAACUAGAUCGGGACAGUCAUCAUCAACCCCGUCGCCCUCUGGUGAGCACAAACCUUCUAGUCCGCGGCGUGGGCCACAGACUCCGAACCAGAUUAAAAGUCCCGGAAGGAGGCCUAAGGCGGCAACCGCAUCAGGCGACAAGAGCUCAUCACUGAGAGCCAACAUUAUCGCUCCACCACCAAAAGUCUCACCACCGUUAAGGAGCUCACGGCCUCGGCUACCCGUCUCUUCAGCCACUACUGCCGCCUCUCGUGCGAAGAUAGCAGAGAGAGCCGAGAGGUUCCAGACCGUGGCUAAACAGCAAAGCGAUGGCAAGUCAUAUCGACGUCAGAGACCUCCAGAAUUGACGGACAUUGAUCUCAAAGCUCGGCGAUUGAAGAUCACCCAAGCACUGACUAGGUCGAAAGAAGGUCAAGAGCUAAAGGGUCAUGGUGCUGGAGCUCGACAAAGCUCCACUAGCCGUAACAACAGUAUAGCACCUUCAGACGCAUCGGACAAAGUCGAGUCCUCUGGGGAGGGUAAUGCUCAGAUCCCUGCCGUUGUAGUGGAUGAGCCGCUCGACACAUCUGAAGAGGGUCUCUUUUAUGGCCAGAAUCAAGGACAUCCAGACGAUCAAAGAGCAUUCACCCAAAGUGCCCUGAGAAUCGUCGAAGGUGGUGCUUCAAGCGUCGCGGAUGAACCAGAUUCGCCAACUCUUGGUCACACGGAGGCAGCUUUCGAUAGCAUACCUUUCAGUCUCAAUACUCAAUUGCAACCCACCGAGGGUGAGACAGAGCCGCAUUCCGCUGUAACGGAAGGGACCGUAGCGACAGACGCGACUGAAGCUACGAUCAUCGAUGCGGAGCCUCAAAUUGACCAAGAUCGACUAGAAACUCCUGCACAAUCUCUGCUUAACCAGGUUAACAGUUUGCGGAGCCAAAUAUCUUACUCGCCCUUGUCGUCCGCAUCGCCAGCGUCUGCACCGACCUCUGAUCAUGCAGACGAAGUGUCUGUGCGGCUGAUGCUUAGGGACACGACUUAUCUGGACGAUGACGAAGCUGUCAAGAAAGGCUAUCGACCAAUCCCUACUACAGCGGAGCCUCUGCCGAUACCGCAUAGCAGUAACAGAGCGUCUUGGACUUCUUCCAUUGAAGAGGAAGAGCGUGAGCAUAUUGCGGAAGAUAUGUCCGCGCCAGACCUCACGCCCCAACGCCAGAAGGAUGAAGGAGCCGCAACAAUGGAUUCUGACUCGUACUCCGAAGCAUCUCUUGCCAGUGCUGAGAAUGACUCUAAUCGAGACGCAUAUGCCAUGGAUGCUUAUACGAUAGUGAAUAUCGUGCUCCAGCAGCGUACCCCUUCAGGAGUUGUCGACCAACAGCUUGUGGAUGAUAUCUAUCAUCGCAUUAUCCAGGCGUCGCCCGACCUGGCCGACGCAAACAAUGUGGACGAGGAAAAGGUGCAACGAUUAUGCUUGAAAGAACUUGAAGAACAUCACACGCGGUGGGGCCAAAACGAGUCUUCACAGCCGCUCUCAACCGAGCCUAUCCACUCGGAAACGUCUGUGAGUGCAGGGCACGUCGCGCCGUAUGACCCUCAAAAUGCAGGGAAUGGAGCUCAGAUGGCGACCACCUCUGAGUCUGCGGUUGCCCUUCCAUCACAGAGUUUCCGAUCUCACAAAUACAAGUCAAGCCUUGACAGUGCUGAAGACUGGGCGGAGACAUCUCCCUCUGUUACAGACUGGAUUCAGUUCGCUGCCAACUCCCCGAAAGCACAACGACAACAAUCGUCCCUAGCGCAUGAGACAUUGCCUGACGUUGCGCGAGAGAUCUCGGACACCAAUCUGAUUGUACAACAGAGUGAGCAUGUUGAGUCAGCAGGUUCUAUUGCUAAUGCUGGAAACUGGGAUAUUCCAAGGCCCCCAUCACACUCGCCGCCUCCACCACCGUCUGCAGCCUUCCCUUCUAUUGACCAGACAUCUUGGUCCGCUCCCGGCGGUAUCCAGCCAGCGGUCGUCUUUGCACCUCCUCCAUCAAGACCACUUACCGCGGUGUCGCAAAUAUCUGGUAGGUCCAGUCUUGACCAUCAGGUCAUGCCUUCGAGCUCUAGCACGACCAGGCCCUCUACUGAAGAGCAAAGCCCCGAGCAACGGCGCCUGACUAAGAGGCGACAUGUCCUGAAAGAGUUGGUUGAUACGGAGUACAGUUACGAGAGAGACAUGCGAGUUUUAUGCGACAUCUACAAGCAGACUGCUGUCGCAGCGAUAAGUGACGAGGACAUCAAGAUCAUAUUUGGCAAUGUAGACGCUGUCCAACAAUUCUCAAAAGACUUCCUUGGCCUACUAAAGCAAGUUGUCAAGCCUGCCUAUGUCAUGGAGAGGUCUGAUCGACGGAAGGAUGGCAAUCGAACCUCAACUCUACAGAGUUCAGCAGCCUCAACCGAUGGCGUGGGAGACAUGAAUGACGUCGAGAAGGAUGAACUCACUCGAGUCGGACAAGCAUUUGAAGCGUCGUUGAGUGACAUGGAAAAGGUAUAUACAGAGUAUAUACGAACUCGACAUGCCGCGAAUAAGAGACUGGAAGUUUUGCAGGCGUCAACCGCCGUUCGGGAAUGGCUCAAAGAAUGCAAAGAAAACUCGAGCGACAUUACCAACGCCUGGAGUCUGGAUGCGCUCCUUGUGAAGCCAAUCCAGAGAAUUACGAAAUAUCCUCUCCUCCUUCACCAGCUCGUGGAGACGACCGUCGAGACACACCCCGACCUCAGCUUCCUUCGAAGAGCAUUAUCCGAAAUCACCGAUGUCAAUGGGCGCAUCAACGAAGUCAAAAAGCAUACAGAGCUUGUUGAUCAGGUCCUUAACAGAAAGAGGAAAGAGUCCGACGUUCGAAAUGGACUGACCAAGGCAUUUGGGCGUCGUGCCGAGAAGUUGAGGCAGCAUGUGGGCAUCAAUGAGAUGUACGAGGAUGAAGAAUAUGCCAGGUUGAAGAUCAAGUACGACAACAAUAUUGCGCACUUGUUCCUGGUCUCGAAAGAUUGUCAAGGCUAUAUUGACGCCAUGAGACAGUGGGUUUUGCGCAUGUGUGAAUUGGCCGCGGCAGCCGAGGCCUGGGUUGACGUUGGACACACCAAUCACUCACAAGCCGAGAGCAGACUCCGACAAUUUGCUAUAGUCGUUCGUGGGAUCAACUCUAUUGCUCUGCCCGAUCACGUCGACCAGGUGAACAAGCGGGUUCUGGGACCCAUGGAAAAGACUGCUUCAAUGCUCGAGAGAUUUCAGAAUGACCCUAAAGGGCUGAUCCAGAAACGGGACAAGCGACUUCUUGAUUACAAUCAAUUCAAAAACAAGAAGGACAAGGGCGAGAAAAUCGACAAGAAGAGCACAGAGCGCAUGGAGCAGUGGGAGGCCCUGAACAUCGAAGCCAAAGAGCGAAAGAAACGCCUGCUCCAGUCGACGGCUGAUCUGGUCUUGUCAUGCCAGGCCAACCUCGUUCAAAUACACCUCAAUUGGUUGAGUCUGAUCAAGCAGAAAUUUUCCGCCGCCAUGGACAUCCCAUUGGAGAACCUCGACAAGUCUGACAUAGUCAAGGAUUGGCAGGAAGAUUUCGACUACCAAGAAGCAUCUGCACUGGCUCUGAGCAUUUGCAACGGGUCUUUACUGGCUGAGGCAGGCAAUUUGCUAUCCUUCUUGACGCCAGGUACAACUCUGACAGGCGACGAUUCUCCUCGUCAGCCAUCAUGGAACAGCGUCUCUAAGAGGUCGAUCUCAAUGAACGACGAAUCGUUUACACUGUACCAUCGGCAGAGCGAAGGCCCAGUUAGUUCGCACAGUGACGAUCCCAGCGAACCGAGCUCCUUUUUCGCUCAAGGUCGGUUCCGUGCUACAUCGGCAGCAUCUGGAAGGCCCCCAAAAACUCCAGACACAAGUUCUCGUGGCGUGCCAGCAUCGAUACACACCGCAAACAGUACCAAUGUCUCUCGGCCGGGCACCAGUCCUGGUCUCCUGCAGGAGGGUCCCCCUCCGCGACUCAGUUUCGAGGCGCCGUCACCUUCACUUGGCAUCGAUCUGACGAGUUCUCCACAAGCAGCGAGAGACAGACAUGCCUCCACUUCGACCUUUUACUCGGCAGCCCCGGGCCCGAGUCAAUCGCAACCUCAUCUUCCCGGGAGUGGAGGAAGUGUGUUCUCGUCAGCGAUGCCUAUGGAAGACGACACCGAAGAUCCUGGAGCACCAGGUCCGAGCGAAGUCCACAGAGCAGCUGGGGUACUAUUCGCCGCCGCGAGCGUGUACGAGUUCAACAUCGACCACUCACGGCAACAGGGAGGAUUUCGCUACCUCACUUAUGUCACGGGCGAGAUUUUCGAUGUGAUUGCCGAGCACGGCGAGUUGUGGCUAGCCAUCAACCAGGAUGACCCGACGAAAGAGAUUGGGUGGAUAUGGAACAAGCAUUUCGCGAGGUUGGCGGAAUGA